CAAGACCACGGAACCGGGGCACGAAUCAAGGAAUUUAUAGAUUAUAACGUGGCAAUGGCUGGACAAAUGUCCGUUAUCCAGACAUUCCAAUUAGGCAUCAAUGCGACCGCAACGACGACAAAACACUGUGACCUACUUCUGAGGGACAGUACCCUGGUGAGUCGCCUGAGGGCGGCACAGUACAGUGUGGUUAUUCCCGACCCCGUCUACCCCUGUGGCGCUCUGAUGGCAGCCCAUAUAGACGUCAAUCUCCCUACUGUGGCCAUCCUUCGUCAUGAUGUUCACUUUCAGGACGGUAAAGCUACAGGUGUCCCACUACCUCUGUCCUAUGUAGCAUCAUUGGAACGGAUUUCCUGAUCAAUGACUUUUCUGGAGAGAUUUCAGAACGUUUGCUUUUACAGUCUUGUCCAGAUGGCGAGACGCUGGUUAGCGGGGAGUGUGUUUGACGGCGUUGCCCGGGAGUACCUCGGCGAGGGAGUAACUACACAGAGCGUCAUGUCCCGUACAACCCUGUGGCUGUAUCAAACCGACCCCGUGCUAGAUUUUCCCCGUCCAGCCAUGCCAAACAUGGUCCCUGUUGGCGGACUGAACGUCCGUGAGGUCGCCCCGCUUUCCGAGGACCUGGAAGCGUUCAUACAGUCUUCCGGACAGCACGGAGUGGUCAUAGUCAGUUUCGGGUCGAUUGUGAAGACCAUGGAAUCGGAACAGAUAGAGGUCUUCACUGCGGCCUUCGCCCGUCUCCGCCAGAAGGUGGUGUGGCGGUACACGGGAGAGAAGCCGGCCGGUCUGGGUCACAACACCAAGCUGAUGGCCUGGCUGCCUCAGAACGACCUGUUGGGCCACCCGAAGACCAGAGUCUUCAUAACCCAUGCGGGUUACAACGGCGUGUGCGAGGCGCUGCACCAUGGCGUACCGAUGGUGUGUCUGCCGCAGUUUGGAGACCAUCCCGGUAACGCCGCUCAGGUGGUGGCCAGAGGGCUGGGGGUGAAGCUAGACAUCAACAGGGUGACAUCAGACGAGUUGUAUCAAGCCAUUCUCUAUGUUCUCAACACCAACAGCUACCGUGAGACGGCAGUCCGCUUGUCCCGCCUGCACCGUGACCAGCCCCAGUCACCCAUGGAGCGGGCCGUCUGGUGGAUAGAACACGUCAUCAAACAUGGCGGACUGCCCCAUCUCCGCGCACGCGCCGUGGAGCUGCCGUGGUACCAGUACUACCUGCUGGACGUGGCUACGUUCCUAUUGGCUGUCUGUGCAGCUGUACUGGGGGCCGUGUGGUACAGCUGUUCCUUCAUUUAUGGAAAGUGCUGUUCUAAAAGUGAGCGCAAGCUCAAGUCACAAUAG